UAGAAACUCCAACAUCGUCACGAAAACCAACAAAUGAGCCAUAUAUCGAUAGUUUGAAGAAAUGAGCGUGCUUUUAAGUGCUUUAGUGCAGUAUUGUUAUGUGAUAGUAGUGUUAUAUUUAGUGAUGGAAAAUGCAGUCCUCGGUUUUAAGAGUAUUGAAAAGCAGUAUCACACAGACAGGAAAUGAGACACAAAGAAUUUUUUAUGGCUCCUAUUCAAGAUAUGCAGUUGAAAAAGGAUCUGAUAUGAAAGAGAAAACAUGUGGUGUGAUUGGUCAGCCAACUCAUGUGACACAUCCACAUCUGCUAAAAAAUGGAGAGGUACUUCCUGGCCUCUGUAUACAGGAAUUUCAAGAACGCCGACAGAAGUUGCUGUCCAGCAUACUGAGAUAUGAACCAAACCUGAAUCAUGUCAUUGUUAUACCAUCAGCCACAAAAAUGUUCAUGACUGAGAAAAUUCCAUAUCCAUUCCGACAGAACUCAGAUUUUCUGUAUUUGACUGGAUGUUUGGAACCUGAAUGUGCCUUAGUGAUGUCAUCUCAUUCUGGGAAGUCCAAGUCUGUGUUGUUUCUAAGAAAUAAGGACCCACAAGCCGAACUCUGGGAUGGGCCUCGCACUGGAAUUGAUGCAGCUCCUUCAUUUUUUGGUGUAGAUGAGGCAUUACAUAUAAGAGAUCUCGGAACAUUUCUUCAAUCCUAUGCCAAAGGAACAAGUUCAUUUUAUCUGUGGUAUGAAUAUAUUCAACCUGUGCAACCAAACCUUCAUAAAGUGAUGCGUGACUAUCUCAAUGGAAAGUGGAAUAAGACCUGGUCAUCACCAAGACCUUUCAUUCACCGCCUGCGUCUUUACAAAUCUGAUGCAGAAAUAAAUUUGAUGAAGACUUCAUGUGAAAUAGCAUCCAAAGCAAUUGCAACAACGAUGUCCAUCACAAAGAAUUGCACAACAGAACAUGAAUUGCAAGCUCAUGUUGAUUUUGAGUGUCGAUUGCAUGGGGCACAGCAACUUGCUUAUCCCCCAGUAGUAGCUGGUGGGGAUCGUGCCAAUAUUAUUCAUUACAUUAACAAUGACCAGGUUUUGAGAGAUGGAGACAUGGUACUGAUGGAUGCAGGUUGUGAGUACCACGGAUACUGUAGUGACAUAACUCGUACAUGGCCUGUUUCGGGAAAGUUUUCAGAUGAGCAACAGGUUUUAUAUGAGGCCUUGUUGGAAGUGCAGAUGUCCUUAAUACAGCACUGUUCAACAUUUCCUCCAUUGGAUGCUCUCUUUCACCACAUGUGCACACUCAUUCGGGAGAAAUUAAUUGCUGCAAGGGUUAUUUCUCAGAGUUUUAGAAAUGAAGAUGGAGCUUCUGUUGGGUUUUCAUUGUGCCCCCAUCACGUCAGCCAUUACUUGGGAAUGGAUGUUCAUGACACACCUCUUAUUGCUCGUAGUAUAAGAUUAGAACCGAGAAUGACAGUGACUGUGGAACCAGGUAUUUAUAUCAAGAAGAACAACAAAAUGAUUGUUCCUGAAUUCCGCGGUCUUGGAAUUCGCAUUGAGGAUGAUGUGCUCAUUACAGAAGAUGGCCCUGUUGUAUUGACAUCUAGCUGCCCCAAGCACACUGAAGACAUUGAAAAGACGUGGCCUUGUGAAUAUGAUUGUAACUGAAUAUUCCUUACUUUGAAAUAUAAUGCCAAAUGAAAUCCA